ACUGAUGAAGCACGUGGUUAUUGAUGGUGUAUAGUGGUGUGUAGAUGUCGGCUUAAGGUACAUUGCGAUGUGUGGCGCGCGUUAAUAUUAGGUGUUUAUAUGUGUGUGGGGAGAGGAUGGCGUAUUAAUGUGGGCGGAGUGGAGUAGAAUGGUGUACUAAUGGGCUGGGUGACGAAACAGGGGAACUGUCAAUAAAGCCUUUCUCAUGGGAAGUGAUUUAUUUAUUUCUGCAACACAUCCUGCCUCACUCGUGGUCCUGACUUCAUUUACAGGAGUGGCCUCGUGGCGACACACAGCAUGAUGAUCACGAUGUGCUGGCUGGCGGUGAGUCUGGGUGUCGUCGUCGUUUGCCUCACCGAAACUGUGACACUCAAUCAAGGACAAGAAGAAAGCCUGUGAAGAACACCACCGCAUUAAGUAUUGAGACAACGAUUCCUGUGUCUGUCGCUGCUUCAGAACUGUUGAAUGCAGCACCGGCGAGGUCUUCUCCCAGGCCUCCUGCAGGUGUGAGAAGGAGUAAGCAUCACUUGUUCCCAACACCUGCCUCAGUGGACCUACACCGGCAACCUGAAUCUGGCGGUCAACAUACGUCUUUAUUAUAACAAAGGAAACAGGUCAGCAGACUGCCAUGGCCGCCGCCUGUGCCGCGUGGUGCCUCGUGGUGAUGCAGGUCCUGAUGGUCGAUUACGCCGCCGCCUCACGAUCAGGCUCAUCAGCGGCCCACCUGCAGCAAGAUGGAGUGGCGCGGGCUGACUCAGGCCUCACUUGGCGCCACACGCUCCCUUCCCUCACCACCUACACUUUCUGCGUCAGGCUGUUCUCCUUCCGCAGUCGCUACGUGGACUAUAUGUUCUCCUACGCUACAGAAGGUUACGACAACGAGCUCGCUUUUCACCUCAAGUACUCACAAGGGGAGCUCCGCAUGGCGUGCUGCUCCAGGCGGGUGUUCCACAUCGAGCGUGUCGAAGUGACACUCCUCUCCUGGUUCUCUUUCUGCGUGGCUGUCAACUUGUCCACCUACGGCGCUUUCUUCGUCUUCAGGGACACCGUCAAAAACGUCACUCUCUUCGACUCUUUACAGAACUCAAGUCGUCCCCUCGAGGUGGUGGGAGGCGGCACAGUAAUGGUAGGACAAGACCAGGAUGAGCAGCUUGGAGGCACCGACAAAGACCAGAGUUUCAACGGCUUUAUCGUGGACAUGAUCCUGACCCAGACCCUGCUGACGGUGCGGGACAUGACGGAUUAUAUCAGCUGCAACAUGGAUGGGCUUCGAACAUUUUCGUAUAUAUUGGAUUUUGAGAACAUCACGGAAGACUUUAUUUUGGGUGCCGAGACUAUCGUGGAAGAAGUUGGCGACGUGUGUAGAUCUGAGAGGAACAAGAGGUUGUCUGUCUUCCCAGAGGCGCGGACCAAUGCAGAGGCCAACCACUUCUGCUCAACGCUCAACGGAUACAUCGUCACGCCGCUCAGUGCCGAGGAAAAUAUGUUCCUCUUCAACGAAGGCUCACAAUUUAGAGACAAAUGUAGGGAAUUUGACAAGAAGAAUGCCAUGUGGGUAGGCGUGUUCUGGGAUCCCAGCGCGAGAUUGUGGAAAAACCACAUCACCUCAGAGGAAGCAAAGUUCAAAAACUUCGAGGUGGAGAUCAUGCCUUCGUCCCACGAGAGGUUGUGCGUCUCGGCCGCCACAGUGUCUGAGUCUACCAAUACCGCGCUGCACGGUGCUUGGGACAUUGAGUCUUGUCAAAAGAAGAUCUGCACCGCCUGCCAGUUCGAACGAUCAUUGCCGCUGAAGAUCAGAGGGCUGUGCGCUGAAUCUCACUUUGACCGCAGUUACUUCAUCUACGGCACUUUGAACUUCCGCCCCGUUUUUAAUGGCGCAAGGUGGUCCAGAAUAGAGUGGCGGGACAACAGCAGCUGGUUGUUGUAUCAGAUUGGCAACCCGGACAUCAGGGCCCUUAUGAUGGACUCCACCGACACGGGCUACCCGGUGGGAGUGCACGAUUACGAAGUUAUUGGGGACAAUUGUCCGGAGAAGGUGCAGAGGCUGAAACUGACCUCCUGCCGCGGCAACACUUUCACCUGCGGCGACGGGGAGUGCAUAGACAUCAGUCGACGGUGCAACUUGGAGCUGGACUGUGACGACCACAGCGACGAACUCAACUGCGACACGCUAAUUAUCCAGCCCGGGUACGAGAAACGGCUGCCGCCCCCGAAGACAGACAGCGACACACCCGCCGGAGUGACCAUCGACUGUGACAUCAUGCUGAUUCGAAAGCUGGAUCUUUUGAGCGCCCAGCUGAUUUUGGAUGUGGCGAUCAAACGAACCUGGUAUGACUCACGCAUCCACUUCAAGAACCUUCACCCUGACCACAACCUCAACCAGAUCAGCGACCCCAUGGAGAUUGUGUGGUACCCGGACCUCUCGGUGGUGGGCUCAGACAACAGCCACGUCGUGUCCACCUUCUACAUCACCAAGGCGUGGGGGCAGCGUUCCUCCAGGCCUCUCCCGGACGACGACACGCUCAUUGAUGAAGACGUCUUCUACCCCGGGAGCAGCAACCCACUUGUGCUUCACCGGGAGUUCACCACAACCCUCAUGUGCACCUUUGAUCUCACCCUCUAUCCGUUCGACACUCAGAGCUGCCCGAUGAUCCUCAUCGUGGCGGACUACACCUUCCAAUAUGUCUCCACCAGUCUGCAAAACGUCACCUUCUCAGGGACGCGCCGCCUGCUGGAGUACCGGACUUUGGAGUCUAUGAUUGCCAAAAGAAUCACCACCUACCUUGACGAACAUAGACUCCUCAACAACAGACAGUUUGGCUUCCGCUCCAACAGGUCAACUAAUGACAUCCUAUUGAACCUGUCCACCGCAUUGCACCAACCAUUAGACAGAGGAAAGGACAGCUUUGUUAUCGCCCUAGACAUAGCAGGUGCGUUUGACAGAGUGUGGCACUCUGGUCUCGCCACCAAACUACGCAGCAUGGGCGUGUGUGGAAGCCUACUUCACCUUCUACAAGACUACUUGCAGGAUAGAUCCCUCUGUGUGGUGGUAAACAGACAAUCAUCGCAGGACCACCCAAUUAGUGACAGUGUCUCACAAGGAAGCGUGCUUGGUCCACUGUUAUGGAAUGUGUUUUUUAACGACCUACUGCAGCUCAUCCCUGAAGCCCACGCUUACGCCGAAGACUGCACACUCACAUUCCCUUGCGACAGUACUGACCACCGAGCUACUGUCGCCCUCAUCAACCAAGCACUGGAGACCAUCACCUCGUGGAGCCUCCUUGAUAAGGUCCAAGACCGUGCCCGGCGGCUCAUCUCUACCAAGGCUCUACCAGACGAGCAAGCUCCCCUCCUACAACCUCUACAGCACAAGAGAGAUGUGGCGGGUCUGUGUGCCACCUACAAGAUCCACAAGGAGGGCGCCCCGCACCUCUCUGCUCUCCGGCAGCCGUGGGCUGCGCCUCAUCCCCACAGCACGAGGGAGGCUUGCACGGAGAAUCACCUCACUGUUCCAUUCGCCAGGACGGAGACCUUCCUCCGUUCUUUUGUGCCAAGAUACACUAGGCUUUGGAACAACUUAGUGAGUGAUACAGAUAUACACAAGGCUCCUACUCUUCAGAAAUUUAACUAUCUCUCCAUAUCAUUCAACAUCACCUUUCCUCACCAGGUUACCUCCGUCAUUCACCGAUCCUUCCUACACGAGAACAAGAGCGGCCAGCACAUUGAGAUCGUGAUGACCAACCUUUACGGCUAUUACAUCAGCGGCGCCUACGUCCCGACCAUGCUGCUCGUCAUCAUCUCCUACCUCACCUUCUUUUUCGACCUCUCAGACUUCACCAACAGGAUCAUGGUUUCCCUAACCUCCCUCCUGGUGCUGGCCUCGCUGUUCUCCCAAAUCGCCUCAGGACUGCCCAAGACCGCUUACAUGAAGCUCAUCGACGUUUGGUUCAUCUUCUGCAUCCUUGCCGACUUCGUGAUGGUGUUCGUGCUGGUGGUGAUCAACUCCAGCAUGCUGAAAAAAGAGGAGUCCUCGCCGCCAAGCUUCCAUCGCGUACUUCCUUUCUCCUCUGCCACGGUAACCUCCUCGACCUCUUAUCCCUCCGCCCUCGAGCCUCGCUCCCGCCUCUUCCACAAGUUGCCGUUCAAGGAGCAAAGGACAGGCUGGCGGGCGGCGGCAAUGGACCCUCAGCGGUGCAAUACAGUGGCGCAAGUGUUUCUUCCCAUCCUUCUCAGCCUGUUCGUUGUGAUCUAUUUCGGCAGCGUUGCGUAUUACAUGGACCGCGUGGAGGCCGAGUUUGGCGUAUAGACCACAUGAAUCAACAGAGAGAGAGAGAGAGAGAGAGAGAGAGAGAGAGAGAGAGAAUAAAUAGUAUGAAUUAUGAAAUCAGAAUUUAUUAACCUAUAUUACAGUGUACUUCUGUCUGUAUAAAAUACUUGGGGUUUGUAAAAUGACUGCUU